AGUAAUUCUCAUUGCAUGUGUUGGUUUGAUCAAUGCAUAUUUAAAAUCUCUUUCAUUCUUUCCAAGGUGGAAUUGAUCUGGGAAGAUGCCCUGUUCAUGUUUGAAUAUUUUAAGCCCAAGACCCUUCCUGAAUUUGACAGCUAUAAAACCAGCACCGUCUCUGCUGACCUAGCUAAUCUUCUGAAGAAGAUGGCCACUAUUGUCCCUCAAACAGACAAGCCUAUGCUCAGAUUGGAAGAAGUGUCGAGUUACAUUGAAGGGACCUUGAGCAAGGUGCCAGCCCUCCCGGAAGGCGCUGACUUCUCUCCUCCAGUGGUGACUGAGCUGUACUACCUCCUGGCUGACUACCACUUCAAGAAUAAGGAACAGUCCAAAGCCAUCAAGUUCUACAUGCAUGACAUCUGUAUCUGCCCAAACAGGUUUGACUCGUGGGCAGGGAUGGCUUUGGCCCGGGCCAGCCGCAUUCAGGAUAAGCUGAACUCCAAUGAACUGAAGAGCGACAGCCUCAUCUGGAAGCACUCCAGCCCAGUGCUGAGCUGCUUCAAACGAGCCCUUGAGAUCGAUGGCUCCAACCUCUCGCUCUGGAUAGAGUAUGGCACCAUUUCCUACGCUCUGCACUCGUUUGCCUCCCGGCAGCUGAAGCAAUGGAAAGCAGAGCUGCCCUUGGAGGUGGUGCAGCAGAUGGAAGAGCGGCGCAAUAGCAUGUUGGAAACGGCCCAGCACUGCUUCACGUCGGCUUCCCACUGCGAGGGUGACGGAGACGAAGAAGAAUGGCUGAUCCACUACAUGCUGGGGAAGAUUGCGGAGAAGCAGAAGCAGCCCCCGGGAUUCUACCUCUUUCACUACAAGCAGGCGGGUCACUUUCUGCAUGAAGAGGCAGCCCGGUACCCCAAGAAGAUCCAUUAUCAUAACCCCCCAGAGCUUGCCAUGGAGGCCCUGGAGAUCUACUUUCGGCUCCACGCAUCAAUCCUAAAACUGGUGGGAAUACCUGACUCGGGAGCAGAUGCUGAGCUGCUGGUGACUUUUAUGAAGGAAGCAGCCGAGGGGCCCUUUGCCAGGGGAGAGGAAAAACACACCCCCAAGCUCUCUGAAAAGGAAAAGCUUUGCAUGGCAGAUGAGGACUCGCAUUCUUCUGCAGGAACUCUGCCAGGCCCCGGGACUUCCCUGCUCUCUUCCUCCGGUCCAGGUCUGACUUCCCCACCCUACACAGCCACUCCAGUUGACCACGAUUACGUCAAAUGUAAAAAAAGCCAUCAGCAGGCAACACCGGAUGACAGGAGUCAGGACAGCUCAGCAGUGGGGCUCUCGGACUCCAACUCCACCCAGGACAUCUUUAUGGAGCUUGGCAGCCCCCCGGACAGCACCAAAAAGACUUCUCCUGAGGGGAGACCCUUGGCUUCCUGCUCGGACCUCACAGCACCUGGAAAAGAGAGCCUGGCACCCACAGAGAACAGGGGGAAGCCAGAAGACCUCCUGGAGAGCCCUGACGCCUGCCGUGCUGCGGAGCAGAAGCCCCCUCCCCAGGGGCCUUCCAAAGCCUCCGCUCCCUCCCUCCUCCAGGGCGACCCCAAGAGACCAGCCGAGCCCCUCUGCACCAGCCAGUUUGCCGAGGGCCUCCCCACAGACCUGGAGGAACAGCGCACCUUCCUGACUGAGCGCUGCAUUGCUGCCUUCCACCUCUGCCUCAGCCGCUUCCCCCAGCACUACAAGAGUCUCUACCGCCUGGCCUGCCUCUAUGCCUGCAGCCCCACCCAUAAGAAUCUGCCGUGGGCGCGCGAUGUGCUGCUAGGCAGCAGUCUCCCCUGGCAGCAGCUGAAGCACAUGCCAGCACAGGGUCUCUUCUGUGAGAGGAACAAGACCAAUUUCUUCAAUGGAAUUUGGCGCAUCCCCGUGGAUGAAAUUGACCGUCCCGGUAGCUUCGCCUCUCACAUGAACCGCUCCAUCGUCCUGCUGCUGAACGUGCUGUCCCAACUCAAAGAUUACUCCACCUUGCUGAAAAUCUCCUCUAUGCUGCAGAGGACCCCCGACCAGGGAAAGAAAUACUUGAGGGAUGCGGAUCGCCAGGUUCUUGCCCAGCGCGCCUUUGUUCUCACCGUGAUGGUGCUAGAGGACAUGUUGCAUGAGCUCACCGAGGUCUCUGAAGAUCAAAGUGGACAGUGUGGUGACAUUUUGGAGACCAGAAUGACUACUGAUGUCUUUCACAAGGCAAGUGCAGAGGAGGGUCAGGAAGACAUGCCCCCAAAGGCAGCCUUGUCCAGAGAGGAGGGGGUGUCUUACAACAUUGAAGAUGUGGCCCGAGAAGAGGGCCAGGACCAGCCUCUCGCUGCCAUGGAGCCAGCUGAGGGCAAGCCAGAGAAAGAAACGAAAGGAGUGUCUCCAUCAGGCACGACCGAGCCCAUGGAGUGUGACCAUUUUGCUGCUGAGCCUGAAAAAAUGGAGGCCUCUUCUCUUUAUCCUGAGCUGGCCCAAGCACCCUCUGGCAAGGUCUGCAAGGACAAGGUUCCCGAGAGCCGGACCACGGCAGAGCUAUCCCUGGAGGAUUUGAGCAUCAGCUCGAAGCACCAGCAACUGGAGGCAGGGAAGGCCCAGGGCCAGGCCUGCCCCCCAGAAGAGACCAGCCAGAAGCCCAACCGGAAGAGGAAGCUGGCCGGGGACACCGAGUCAGGGAAGACCCUUCUUCUGGAUGCCUACCGCGUGUGGCAGCAAGGGCAGAAGGUCAUGACCUAUGACCUAGGCAAAAUUGAGAAGAUCAUGUCUGAGACCUACAUGCUCAUUAAGCAAGUUGAUGAAGCAGCAGCUCUGGAACAGGCCGUCAAAUUUUGCCAAGUGCACAUUGGUGCUUCUGCCCAAAAACAGUCAGCCGGAGAUGCUCCUGCCACCCCAAAGCACCCCAGAGAUAGCAGGGACCACUUCUUUGCUGCUCCCCCCAAGUCUCUGACGCCCCCCCUGGGGACUGCUGCGGACACUGCCUCCUCGGUUGCAGAAGUCCCGCCCAGACCGGCAGAUCAGCAGAGCAAGCCCAAAGCAGCCUCGCCCUCCUCCUCUUCCUCCUCCUCCUCCUCCUCCUCCUCCUCCUCCUCCUCCCCUUCUUCUGCCACCGGUGGUCUCCUCUUGCCACCACAGGAGCCGGCAGGGGUGGAGGACACCCAGGAGAUGCCUCCUACGUCCAGUCUCGGGCCUGACAAAGAAGAGGAGAGCAGAUCGGAGUCAUGCCUAGCGGGACCACAGCAGGAAUCCAACCUCUGCCACCAGAUGAAAAUGGUUGCUGUCAUCCCCUCUUCUGUUCUACCAUCCUGGCAGGUGGAGCUGGAAUCAGCAGGGCAGACAGCGAAUCCAGCAUCCAGUUCCAAGACAGAACUCACGGCAGAUGCACAUCCCCUGGGGAGGCAGGUCAGCAAAACCAGCAGCAGCCGAGUGAAAUCCCGCACCUUGCCCAGCGUACCAAAGCUCUUCAUCCCUUCGGCCAUCUCCAAAUUCCCGCCUGAGAUCACUGUCACUCCGCCAACCCCCACCCUCCUGUCCCCAAAGGGCAGCAUCUCGGAAGAGACCAAGCAGAAGCUCAAGUCUGCGAUACUUUCGGCCCAGUCAGCAGCCAACGUGAAGAAGGAGACCCUCUGCCAGCCUGCCCUGGAGGUGGUGGAGACCUCCAGCCAAGAGUCUUCUCUGGAGAGCGACUCUGAGGAGGAGGAGGAAGAGUGUGAGGAAGAAGAGGAGGAGGACAAUGACUGCAUGGACAUCUGAAACAUCUGGGCUGCUCCCGUCCCGGGGGGGGGGGGAGCAGGCCGUGAUGGACAGAGAGGCCCUGCCCACUGCCUGGAGCGCCCCCUUUUGCUUGCCUUGCCUCUGCCUUUGCCACUGUUGCUCCCACCCACCCCCAGGCUGGCACUACCCCCUCACCCUCCCUCCACUACGCCAGUAAACUCUGCCCUUGCAGCCCUCAGCAUGUUCCUGGUCCUGGCACACCUGCCUGGCUCUGACUGGGGGGGGGGAGGAGCCUUUGGCCACAGCAGAGCCAAGAAGCAGCUGUGCCCAUCGUCCUUUCCUGCUUUUCUCACUGUUGCCUGAAAAGAGCCCCACCUCCCGGCCGAGCUCUGCUGCUGCCGGCUGCUUGCAUGAAGCGCUGGUCAGUCGGUCAGUCUUGGCAUCACUGAUCGAGAAAUGGAAUGGUUUUCAGUACCAUUUUGAUAAUGUCUGUUUUUUUACAGAAUGACGUAAAAAGUGUAUAUGCUUUGUUUUUUUAAGUCACUGGAACGAUUGGUCGCAUUCCUAUGGGAGACAAUAAAGAAGACCAAGAAUUUUUCUACCGAAUGUUGUAAUUUGUAGCAUACAUAAUUAAUGCAAUCCUGCACAGGAACCAGGAUGCGUAUCACUUAAGCUUAUGUGGGGUUCAUCAGGCUGUGGGGAAGCCGUUCUAUAAAGGGUGCAAUACAGAGCCUUGUAUAAAUAGGCAUUUUUCUAAUAAAGUCAAGCAUGUCUCC